CUUCACUGAAUCGCACUUCCCAUCAAAGUCUUCAAGUUCAAGGCCAAAAAAGAGGUGAGCAAUUCCUCAUUUGAGCUCUCAUGGCGCCUCCCAAGAAAUCAAAGAGAAGCAAGAAAGAUAGGAAAUUGAAGAAAAAGCGUUCCAGUCGAGCCUAAAGCCGCAGACUCCGACUGGUGGGAUAGUUUCUUCAACCCAAGAUAGGAAAGCUGAAGAAGGGGCUUAAUCCAAUGUCCUUUGGAGACCUUCUGUUUGUGUCUCCUUAUCUGACAACAGCUUUCAAAACUGGAGUCAUAGCUCUCGCAGAAGGAAUAGCAGUAGGGAGAAGCUUUUCCAUGUUCAAGAAUGACCACAUUGAUGGGAACAAAGAAAUGAUUGCCAUUGGGAUGAUGAACGUUGCUGGUUCUUGCACUUCUUGCUACCUCACCACAUGGCCAUUUCCCAGAUCAGCAGUUAACUACAAUGCAGGAUGCAAGACGGCAAUGUCAAAUGUUGUCAUGGCAAUUGCAGUUAUGUUCACAUUGUUGUUCCUCACCCCUCUGUUCCAUUACACUCCCCUGGUUGUGCUGUCUGCUAUUAUAAUAGCCGCCAUGCUCGGCCUCAUAGAUUAUGAAGCUGCAAUUCACCUCUGGAAGGUUGACAUGUUUGACUUUGUUGUGUGCAUGAGUGCCUGUAUCGGGGUCGCUUUUGGCAGCGUUGAAAUCAGCCUAGUCUUAGUGGUUGCAAUAUCUGUGAUCAGGGUACUUUUGUUUCUGGCAAGGCCAAGGACUUUUGUUCAAGGAAACCUUCCGAAUUCCAUGGUUUACAGAAAUGUUGAUCAAUAUCCCAAUGCAAGCAAUGUUCCUGGAAUUCUCAUACUUGAGAUUGAUGCUCCCAUUUACUUUGCAAAUACCAACUACUUAAGAGAAAGGAUUACAAGGUGGAUAAAUGAUGAGGAAGAUAGGAUCAAAUCUGCAGGGGAAAGUAGCUUACAAUAUGUAUAUGACUGCUGUUGGUAACAUAGACACAAGUGGGAUAAGCAUGUUUGAAAAGGUCAAAAAGCUUGUUGACAGAAGGGGGCUCCAGCUUGUACUGGCGAACCCGGGAAGCGAGGUGAUGAAGAAGAUGAACAAGUCAGAGUUGAUUGAGAAAACAUGUCAAGGAUAGAUUUAUCUCACAGUUGCAGAGGCUGUUGCAGCAUGCAACUUCAUGCUUCACUCCACCAAGCCCAACCCUGGCAAAGAUCAAGAACCAGCUGCAUGGAACAACGUUUGAUGGAUUUGGUACAAUGUGAAUUUAUGUAUCAGAAAGCAAUAUCCAAAUAAAUAUGAAGACUCGUUUCAAUUAAGGAGAAAUGAAUUUCAGGAAACAACGUUUGAUGGC